CAAAAAUAGCUUCUGGGAUUUUUAAUCUCCAAUCAUCACUGAAUAAUCUGGGCAGCCCCUACCCUCUGCGCGUUUUCGGGAGCCGCUGGGGAAAUGGGAGAUGGUCCCUAGCUGGGCAGCCCACUCCUAUGGCAGGUCUCUGAUUCAGAGGUUAGGAAUUUGCAUCUGAUUGCUAUUUGUCACCCAAUGAUUUGUCUAUCCAGCCAUGAGCACGCCUUAGGCAGAAGGGGGAGGGGAAGGGGCCAGGGCUUGCAUUGCCUGAAAUGAGAAAUUUACCAAUCAGGCCAGAUAGGGGUGCAUUAAAACAAACCCAAUUAAAAGAGAGAUACCGAAAAAAGAAAAAGAAACCAGGAUCGGCCGGGUUCCUGGGCAGCAAGGUGGGCCAGCUGCCCGGGGACGCUCGCGCUGCCAUGGAGCUCCCCAGCGGAGCGGCUGCCUUGGGUUUGCGCAGACACCUGGAUGAAGCAGAAUUGGCCAAGGACUAGUGAGACCCAGCCCCACCACUGCAGCAGAGCCAGAGGAAGGAAGGAAGUUGCAGUCCAGCCUGGGGAGUGCCCGUCGAGCUAAGGGGCGUGCAAUGUACAGGACUGCGCUGGCUGCCUGCUGAGCCAGAGGGGCAUUGGCCCUGAGGUGUCUUGUUUGCAGAGACUAACGGCCCGGGUGCUUGCAACCAGCUGGUUGCUCCGAGGUCCUGUCCCCGGUCCCCAGGGAAACGUACUGGUGUCAUCAGGGUGUCGGCCCCUCGAUGCAAAGCAGCCCCUAGUGUACCGCCUUGGUGCCCAUUUCCCCAGGGCGUUGCAACCUCCCUCCUCCCAGGGUACCAGUCCAGGGCUUUAUUCCCUCUUAGGAACUUGCCGGCCAGCUCCCGUGGGGCACUGCACCCCACAGGGCGUUGUCCUGCAGAUACCCCUCCCCUCCAGGACAUUGCAUCCUCCACUCCAGGGCAUUGCACCCCGGGUGCAUUGCCCGCCAAUCCCCGCAGGGAGCUGCCCUCGGCUGGCAGAGCCAUGAAGCUGCAGGCGGUGAUGGAGAACCUGCAGCGGCAGCAGCGGGCGCGGCUGCAGCAGGAGCUCGAGGCGCGGCAGCAGGAGCAGCAGCGCUCCACGCCUCCCCCGCCAGCCCUGCCCCCUCCGCCGCCCUCCGGACAGAACAUUGCCCUCCCUGCUGGGGCCUCGCUGUCGGCCCGUGGCCGCAGCCAGGACCCCGUCCCAUCUGAGGAGGGGGUGGAGCUUGAGAGCGCCCGCAUCCAGCGCGCCCAGAUGGCUGCCCUGGCCGCUAUGCGGGCAGCAGCUGCUGGACUCAGCCACUCGCCCAGUCCAGGAAUGUCAGAUGAGAGCCAAGCCUCAGAGGAGGAAGAAGAGGAAGAGCAGGGAGAAGAGGAGGAGGAUGGCGGGUACCAGCAGGAGAUGGGCUCGGAGGAAGAGGAGGAGCUGAAGCGCAAAUGGGAUGAAGAUGACUUUGAAGAGGACAUGGGGGAGGAGGAGGAGGAGGAGGAAGAGGAAGAAGAGGAGGAGGAAGAUGAUUAUGAAGAGGAUGAAGAAAUGGGGGAGGAUGAAGGGCUGGGCUCAGCAGAAGCGGUGAGAUCUGGUCCGGGAUCUCUGCUUCUUCGCAAGCCGCAGGCCCCCCAGCAGUACCGAGGCGAGCCCCAGAGGCUGCCGGGGGGCCAGGAGCGGCUGUCGUCUGGAUUGAGCCAUCAGGGGCACUUGCAGCUACAGCAGCAGGCUCCAGACCAUGGAGACUGGACUUACGAGGAGCAGUUCAAGCAAUUGUACGAGCUGGAUGGCGAUCCCAAGAGGAAAGAAUUCCUGGACGACCUCUUCAGCUUUAUGCAGAAGCGAGGGACCCCCGUCAACCGAAUUCCCAUCAUGGCCAAGCAAGUGCUGGACCUUUACAUGCUCUACAUGCUGGUGACCGAGAAGGGGGGCCUGGUGGAAGUGAUCAACAAGAAGCUGUGGCGGGAGAUCACCAAAGGGCUCAACCUGCCCACCUCCAUCACCAGCGCUGCCUUCACGCUACGCACUCAAUACAUGAAGUACCUGUACCCCUACGAGUGCGAGAAGCGGGGGCUCAGCAACCCCAACGAGCUGCAAGCCGCCAUCGACAGCAACCGGCGAGAAGGCCGCCGGCAGGGCUUCGGGGGCUCCCUCUUCACCUACUCCCCCAGCGGCACCCCCAGCCUGCUCUCCUCCCCCAAGCUGCAAGUGCCUGGCUUGGGGCUGGUGGCGGCCACCAACGGCGGCCCCAUCGGCCCCGGGCAAAAGAUAAAGAAAGAAGAGGACUCGCCGAUCCCCAUCCCCAUGCCCAGCCGACUCCCUGUGUCCCUGGCUGGCCACCCGGUGGUCGCGGCCCAGGCAGCGGCCGUGCAGGCGGCCGCAGCCCAGGCAGCGGUGGCCGCUCAGGCUGCGGCCCUGGAGCAGCUGAGAGAGAAGCUGGAGUCCGGGGAGCCGCCGGAGAAGAAGAUGGCUCUGGUGACAGAUGAGCAGCAGAGGCUGAUGCAACGGGCCAUCCAGCAGAACCUCCUGGCCAUGACAGCGCAGCUACCCAUGAGCAUCCGCAUUAACAGCCAAGGGACCCGCUCGCCAGAAAACCGUCAGGACCCCGGCAUGAGCCUGUCCAACAACGGCACGAACAGCAUCAGCAUGUCAGUGGAGAUCAACGGCAUCGUCUAUACGGGUGUGCUGUUCGCACAGACCCCCGGCCCCUCGUCCUCCUCGCUCCCUUCCUCCGCCUACAGCAAAGGAAACAGCAGCAGCCGGAGCAGCAGCAGCGGUGUGGGGGGCAGCAGCGGCGUCUCCCAGGCUGCCCCGGCUGGUUUGUCCGCCCCUCCAACCUCUACCUCCAAUAACUCUUCUUCGCCUUAACUCCCCCCCCAACCCCCCACCCCAAACGGCAGCGCCUCAUCUCACCAAAAGACAAAAAAAAACCCAAACCCACCCACACGUGGAGCUUCUAUCACAGCUGACGCCAAACCCCGAGCUUGCAUCUGGCUUCCCUGGGGGGUGGGGGGAGGAAGCCCCAUUUCCCCCUCCUCCCGAGAGGACUGGAGAAAGUUUUGCAAGGAGAAAAGCUUUAAUUCAGGGGUUUCAUUAAAAGCAGCCUGGACUCUGAGCCAGUCAUUACCCGGUAGCUUUGGAGGUGAUGCACCGUUCCCCACCCCCAGAACUCUUUACCUCACGGACACCCCACUUUGCACUGUGCGUUUGUUUUCUAAUGUUGUUGUGUGAAGUUGUGUUCUUUUGGAUACCUCCAGGCAGACACACAGUCGCACCGACACCCACGGGCUUGUGUUUUUAAUGAAACCUCCCCACCUUUCCUUUCCUUUCCUUUCCUUUCAACCGAAAACAAAAUUUGCAAAAGCGGGAGGAAUUUUUAGUCCUUUAAAUCUUUUUUUAUUAUUAUUUUAAGAACUACACUCAAGCUAUAUGGCAUUUUAUGAGGUGGUUAGUUGGAUCUUUUUUUUUGUAAAUAGCUUCUAUUUUAUUCUCUAAAAAAAAAAAUCAAACCUUAACUCACAAAAAUGAGAUAUAUAUUAGUGUUCGUUCAGGGAAACAGGACUUGGAAAACUUUGUAACCUCUUUUUCUUGUGGUCGUCUGAUGUUGAUCUUUGGUCGAGUUCGAUCCGCGCUACUUUCUUUCGAAUGCUGGUGACGCCCAAGGUUCGGGAGAGAGCCAGGGUGACCCCAGCGAAUGAGCUCAGGUGUUUGUAUGCAGGGGGGAAUGGGGGGCGGGGCGGGGGGGGGGCAAGCAAGCUCCAUUUGGAGAUUCUUAGGGUUGAAGUGUGUAGUUGGUCUGCAGUUAUUAGGAGACGGUUUUGUAGAGCUGCCUCACUGGGAAAAGUCUGCGUUUCUAGGAUCCGUUUCCUUCAGCAAUAGAGGUAAAGGGGUUCGAUGCCACCCCUUCAGGCUCUCCGCUCCACUCCAUAGCUAGCUGUUGGACCCUGGUCCUCUGGGGGCUUGAUCUGAUCCGGACAAGCACUUACGCGCCUGCUGGGACUUCAGGCGUAGCCUCAGUGAAGCCGAAGGGAUUACUCACCUGCUCCCAGUUAAGCAGGUGCAGAACAGCCGUGCUUUGGAUCAGGGCCAGAGCGUGCAGCCAAGGGCAUAAGGCGGAGCUGUCCGCCCAGCCAGCCUGCUUCGUUCGGGUCCUGCUUCAGCAAAGAGCGUCCCGCUGGCGUUAAGGGGACUGCAGCAAACGCUUUACGGUUUCGGGUUGAGAGCCGGGUGGAGGGGGCUGAGCGCAGCGGGGGGAAGGCAGUGCCUGUGGGGGUGUCGUUGCUUUACACUCGUAGCCCCCGGCAAUGACACACUUGCCCUGGCUGGCAGGAAUUCUUCGGGCGUAACCCGAGGGGCAGCAAAGGGUACGAUUCAGGCUGGUAGGCUUUGGAGGCAAAAAACAGAGAGAUUUUGCAUCGCGAGACUACCGAGUUCUUCUUCCCAUCCCCAGUCCAGAGCACCCUCCGCCUUCCCACAUAGUCAGAGCAUAGAGGAGAGUCCUAAGCCAGAGGCCCCGGGCAAAGGAAUCACUGGGACUUCCAUUAGAGCAGCCUCCUCAGCUCCGUGAUCAUGUGUGCACGCCCCGAUAUGGAUGAGAGCCAGCACUUCCGUUCCCAUUGGCUUGUAGAAGUGGGAAGUGGAUCCGUGGCGGCACAUGGGCGCUGGCUGGACCUCGGGGAGUUGCAGUGUGUGGUGCCGGGAAUCGGUUUGUUCAGAAUCGGGCUCUGAGAAACAGCUUUUGAGCCAAGACACAGUGCAGGGAGAAAGCUCAUCCCAAGUGCCUGCUGAACUCUGGGCAGGGGCCAUGCAGCCACUUGUCUGCGGGGAGGGAGUGUGCCAGAAAAUUAGAGCCACUGAUCUCCCAUGCUUUCUCCUGGGCAAGACCUGCCAGACUCCUGACAGGGCAGCGCAAGGGGCUGGAAUCACUGAGCUGGGUUUGUUGGCCACGCGGACCUGUUCCAUUGCUAUUCCAAGGGUGCCGAAGGAUCCCGCGUGCUGGAGAGGGCGAGGGGAGCCGCGGUCGGUGUUGUGAACGGGGGCUUCCUCCUGAUCUCGAAGCUCAUCCCUCUGGGUGGGUGCACACCUGUGUCCGUAGGUGUCCAUACCACCUGCAUGUACACCGUCUGUGGGAGAGAGGGCAGGACUCUGGCCUUCUCUGUCGCUUUUGGGAAAGCUGUGGGCAUAUGGGAAAAGUGUACAGGUGUCCAUACCACCUGCAUGUACACCGUCAGUGGGAGAGAGGGCAGGACUCUGGCCUUCUCUGUCGCUUUUGGGAAAGCUGUGGGCAUAUGGGAAAAGCUGAAGCCUGGCUGUAGUUUAUUCAAAUCACGGAGGUGCCUGGACUGAAAGCCUGGAUCCAGCGCCCUGAACAAUGUGGGGGUUCAGAUCCAAACUCCACAGCUGGCCUGUCGCUAGGACCUGGUUCUGGGUUCCCCAGCAAUCAAGCCCAGCUGCAGUUGGGUCUUUUCCUCCCUCUCCCUUUGCCUCUUUUAUUCCCUCUGAUCUGGACCUACGUGUGAGGGAAUUAGGUUCCCAACUCCCAUUGACUUGCACCUAAUUCCAUUUGGCUUCUUUGAAAAUCCCAGGCUUAAACCGAAUCUGUGGUUCAACCGGUGCUGCAUCACAGAGAGGGGGAGAGAGAGGGUCCUGCUUGCAGCCCCCUGCAGUUACCUGGCGUCAUCACCAGGGACCGGCUGGCCUGUUACACUCAGUCUGUUUUGUAUUUUUCACGUGUGUUUCUUUAAUUUCUUGGUGGAGGAAAUUAACCUUGAUGACUCCUCUGCUUCCCUCCCCCCCCCGCCUCAUAUCCCCUCCCAGGGAACCCUGUUCCCAGGGGCUUACAGUACAAGUCUCUCCCUGUAAUUAGGUCCAGGGAGCAUAAUUUAAUGAGCUCUGUGUUGUGUGCCGUGCUCCUGACAUGAGUGCAGGGGUGGGGUUAUUCCAGAGGAGAAACUCCAUUUUAGAGACAAUCUAGGGCUUGCUGCAGAAUUCAUCUGUCCAGCAAGGGGUUGAGGAGCCUAAAACAGCCCCAGCUGGGUCGUCUCCUGCAAGGUGCUGAGUGCCGUUAACUCCCACCGAAGCAGCUGCGUGCUGAGCAUGCUCUGCACUUCUCAGGAUCGGGCCUUAAGCGUGUGUCCUGCUGUAGCCAUGUGUUUCCUCUGCCCUGUCCUGUGACGGAUCAUAAAGGCACCAGAGCACCCUUACCUGCAUAAUAGUCGCUGCCCAUAAAGGGCCUGAUUCUGAUUCUCGGCUGCUGUCGCGUACACCAGCGCAGAGGGUGGGCGUGAAGUGAAAGUGCUUUUGCACCGGUGUGAACAUCUGCGCAAAGGGCGAAGCAAUGGAAUGGAGACCCAAAGCCUCCCAGCUUGGCCUCUCUUGCAGCCAGCGGGGGUGGGGCACUCUGGAUUUUUUAAACAUCGUCUUUCCCUGCUGAUUUUUGUGCUUUUCCAUUUGAUAAACCGGCUCCCAACCUCCCCAGCCUGUUUUUCAAGUCACAAGCUGCUCUGACUGCCUCCAGCUCCCUGACCCCGCAUAUUGCCAGCAGCCACCAGCCUGAUGGUUUCCCACAGAGCAGGGAGCUAGCACAGAGAAGCUGAUCUAAAGUCAAUGCUACAGUGUAGAAUCCAGGUUGUACACAUGCCCCCCCUCGCCCUCCCUGCUUCUUUCGCCAGAGUCUAGAUACUUGUCACACCUCGUCCUCUGCUCAGGGCUGAAACAGCAAACUGGUUCUUCGUCGGUUUCUUUCUUUCUUUCUUUCUUUCUUUCUUUCUUUCUUUUUGGACAGGUGAAGAAAAUAACCAGAAAAAUUAGGUGUACUAGAUAAAAGCCAAUGAGAUUCCUGCUUCCCAUCUCUCUGCACCUUGCCCCCGCUCCAUUUUCUGCCUGGGUCGGCUGUAGCACACGGGGGGGGGGGGGGGGGGGGACGACUGUUUCCUGAUGUCUCCUACGGUGUCGCUGGUGAAAGGCAGAUGUAAGGACUAGUAUUUUCAGAAGGGCUCUUUUGCGGCACUGAAAUAAGUGGGCAGAUUGGCAAAGGAAUCCAGCACGUUGGGUCGUGAGCGUUUUGUGAAAACUAAAGUUGAUUAACUUGAAAAUGAAACAUCGGAGGUGUCCCAGUGGAAGCUGAGCUCUCGUGCUGUUCUAGCCCCGGUGACGGGCGCUGAGCAUUUGAAAAUAUGGCCCCAUGCCCCAAGAUUUUUACAUCUCAGGCCUUUGGUUCUCCCUGUGCUGCUCGGCGGACGAGGGUGGGAGCCCUGCCAUGAAGCAUAUUGUUGCAGUGAUGUUUUUAGAAUGUGCACUGGGAUUGUUUUUUGGGUUUUUUUUUAAUCUCCCAUCGUGAAUAUUAAAGAGACACCAUGGGCUCUCCGCAUUUCUGUCUGAACAAGUUCUGUCUGGCAUUGCUGCGGCUAAUCUGAUUCUCCCUGAAGGAGAUUAGAGACCAGACAAAAUCCCCCUGGGUUAUUUUUAGUUUGUUUUCCUUUGGGCAUCUGACAGCACUUCAUGUGUGGUCAGUUUCACUGUUUUCCCCCCUCUCCGGGGCCUGAGCCAAAGCCCACUUCAGUUUCCACUGACUUUGGUCAAGCCCCUAGCUACUCAUUUUCCCUUCCUCAGGGUGGAUCUUAGUGGGAUGGUGAAAGCAGGGAAAUUGGCAGAGGGACUGCAGAGCAGGUGCAAAACCCUCCAGUUCAUUGAAAUGGACAAGAUCUCAAGCUGAUUGUGUCCCUUUGUAAACGGUCCCUUAAAGCUCCCCUGAGUGGCUGCCUGAAACCAAUGGUCACUGAACCCAGCUAUUUGUGCCAGCAGACCCACCUCUCAUCUAGCCGGGAUCUAGCCAGGAACUCCCUCUCCUGGAAACAGCAGGAUGGUUGUGACACCUAGGUUUUGUCAUAUACAGUGAUUCUUCCUCUCGGGGUGGGGCUGGGAAUGUUGAAGCCGUAACACGUUCCCUAGGCCAGGUCGGUUUGUACCAAUAUCAUUAUGGCGGUUAGGAGUGUGACUUUUUACCGCUAUCGUUCUACCGGUACAGUUCCUAGUGGGCUACAGUAAAGCCAUAUAAAGGUGACUUAUCCCAGUAGAAGUUAUUUCCCUUCUACAGCAAGAGCACCUUUAUACCUGUGUAACUGCAUCCACACUAGCAGGGUUAUGCUGCUUUAACUAUACCCUGUCUACCUAGGGAGGGAGGACCCCUGAAGCUGCUUAAACGUGGUGCAGAAAGAGGCUGCACUUAAUCCUGUUAUAUGUUAAAAACUGUCUCCCUAGCUUUCUGGUCCAAGCCUUAAUCAACUUUGUCAUGCAGAGAGAGAGAGAGGGCACCAUCUGAAGUGGAGUGGAGAUUUGUCCUCUUUCCCAGCCUUACACUUGAGAGUGGGUUCCUCUCUUUUCCCUGGGGAAAUGUGUCCAUGGCUGUGCAUGUAUCAGCUUUGCAGGGUACAUACCCGUGACGCACAGGGUCAUGUUGAGCCCUGGUAUAAGUGGAUGCAGCCUCUGUUGAUUUCGGUGGACUUGGCAUUUGCUUAUGCCACGGCUGUCGAUGGUCUCCAGUGCAUGCUGCAGAAGAAAAGCGGCUGCUCCGGGGUGGUGGGAAAGCAUCUUUGUGAGUUGCGAGCUCUGUUCUGAAGUGGAGUGGUGACACAACUGAGCCAGCCAGAGGGGAAUGCUGGCGGUUCCCCGUUCCCAACUAAACAGGCCUGGAUCUGCUCCAUUACCCCCCUGCUUGCCCAGCCAUGGGGCCUCAUUGCUCAGCUGUCGACCUGUUUUUCAAUCCUGGGCACAGAUGGUGCAUCCUCACUGCGUCUUGGUCGCACCCAUGCCAGGAACCCCACAGUAAACAGCAGGGCCUAAUUUGGCUACUCCUUUAUUUCCCUGGCCGCUGAAAUCCUGGGAGGAGGUUGUACCUUUCUGGGAGGAGCCCGGGCUUCUCAGGUGGCUGAAGGGAUCUUGGCCUCCCAGAGAAUCUGGCUAGAAAUGCACUCCCUUGUUUAGACUUUUUGCGCAACUGCCCCUUUGACCUUAGAGGCCAGGGAACGGGUAUCCCCAUCAAGCCGCUCCCCUCUGUUCCAUCCAGCCUGGCCGUUGCUUCUUUUCUUUUGAACCAGGCAGCUGCUUUGUAUUUUAAAAACCUCUCACCGAUAUCUACGUUCAGGAUGCUGCGGUAGCUCCUUCUGGAGCACCCGGGAUCAAACCCUUGGAAGCCAACUCUCCCAUUGACUCGGAGCGAGCCAGAUUGAUGUGCCUUUGCUCAGCCUGCUGCUAAGUUGCUUGUAGAUGCACUCAGUGACAAUUAGCAUCUCUCUCCCUGGCCCUGUCUCCCCCCAUGGCACUGCUGCCAGAUUCCUGGCAUGACAGUUCCUCCUUAGGCAGCACAGCAAGGAGUCAGACCUCAGGUGGCUUCUAUACCAAGAGCCAGGUGGGCAUGAUCUCCUCUUCUAAUGCCCUGGGGGACAGCUCCUGCAGAGAAUCCAAGCUAGCGUCCAUCUCUCUGUGCCGCUGCUCAAGCAGGGAGAAUAUGGAAGCAAGGGGAUUUGGUGAGCGAGAACCAGCUGUAGCCGCAGGCUGCUGGCGAUACAAGCUCCUGCCCUGGAGAAAGUGGGGUGUUUUUAUGGGGGGGGGCUCGCUCGACUUCCUCAGCCAGCCUCCAGAAUCCCGAGCAUGCACCAGGGACACUGCCCAGUUUUGUGACACAGCAGGGGAGAGCGAAAGUGCAGGGUGCCUGUAAAGCACAAAGGACCCUCAACUCCCAGGGAGGCUGGAGCUUCUGACACACCUUGUGGGAUGGAGAGCAUCAAGCUUAAAGGGCCUGCUCCAAAAUCCAUUGAGGUCAAUGGCACAGCUCCCACUGACUUCAGGGGGCUUUGGAUGGAGCCUGGUGUCACUUGUGAAUAUAUAUAUAUAUAUAUAUAUAUAUAUACACACACACUUUAACAGACGUUUCUGAGUGCUCCCCAUCUCCCCUCUUGUCCUGUGCAGACGCACAGAAAGUUACGGUCCUUUGCCUCAUUGCCAUUUUCCUUCCCUGCCUGCUAGCCCCAAACGCCUUCUGUUUCCUUUUGCUGCGUCCUUGCUUUGGAAGCCGCCCUGGGCUGCUGCCCCCCGAGCUCCAUUUUCAUUCCUGGGCAGCUUUGAAAGGUGAACUGCAAAGCUAAAGUGAAAAGCGGAGCUCAGCCCAGAGAUAGGAGCUGGCUGCUCCCCGCUAGCUGGCACUGUAACACAGGGCUUCAUCCCUCCUGCGAAAACCUUCCAGCACUUCCUGACUCUCGCCUCGGUCUUCCCCAAGUCACCAGAGCCCUUUGAUGGGCUUGGCUGCAUCAGGGACUGUGUGUGUUUGCUGGCGUCCGACGCCUCCAGCAAACCAAGAGCCGCCCCUGCAGCCUGACACACGGGACCGAUUUCUAGACUCCGUUCAGUUCCCGUUUCAGCUGGGCAGUUCGCUUUUUACGCUCCUGCUGUGGAAUUGACCCUGCAUGCUGCUACCAGCAACCCUGCUCACCCACAGCCUUCAUUCAGUAUGCAACUCAGGCGAGAUCAAAGAUCCUGAAUCCCUCUCUCGAUAGCUAGAUAAAACAAAGGGUUUUCCCCUCUCCCACCUCCUCAGUGCCAAAAGCCGUAGCUAGAGAAGACUCAUGGGCACAGACCAUACAUCUGACUUUGUCGCUGAGGGAUCUGUGGCUGUUCUCAGCCCGCGUUGGGUAUAGGACCAGUGAGGUGGUGUCUCUGUUCUCUAGACGCCCUAGCCAGUCAGGCCAUUGAUACUUGGUUCUCAGCCUGGCCUGGAAACGUAUCCUCUCUCAGAACGAAUGCUUUGCUCGCCUUGUAUAAGGAGCCUUAGGAAGUGGGGUGGGUUGGGGGUGGGAGAAAUUCUAUAUCAAAUUCUAUAUCUCGUGUGUGUUUUGAAUGUGCGUAUAAAGCAAAACCAACCAACCUACCUUCGGGGUAAAACGUGUUUCUUAUGCAAUCUGGGCUCUCGGAGCAAGAGCAGGAUUGUAACUCAGGGGAAAAAGACCUGCUGUCUGGAUCUGAUUGUACUGGGUAUGGGAGGGAGGGAGAAGGGGCAGGGCAGGAUUUGCUUGCUGUGUCGUUUAUUUUAAGUUCCAGUUGUUUGGGGGUUUUGGUGGGGGUGGGGGGUGAGGUGUGAUUUCUUAGCCCUGAUUUUUCACCCAGGAGAAACUUGCCUUAAAGUUGCCCGCCACGGCGGGUGGGUGACCUGGGUUUCUCCCCAGUGCUGGCUCUGUAGGAGAGGCAGCUUCGCUAGCAUAGCUUCCAGCUUGUGUCUGCCCUGCUCUCGCUGCGGGAGCCCGUGUGGCUGCUUGCACCGUGGCUGCAAGGAAACCUGGACCCGAGCAUGACUGAGAUACUUGACUUCAGAAGGGGCUGCAUGCAUCUUUGUGGGCCUGCUGCCUCGGGGCUGCAUGGGUGUGUGCCCAAGGAGGACCCUCAAGUUCCACACCGGGGACAGCUAGUGUGUGGAAAGGGCUCGCCUCCCACACUACCUCGCCGGUGGGAACGCAACUCUCUGGGCUGCCACGGCUUCUACCAGCAGCUAACCCAGCAGCCCCUGAGCAGGCCACACAUCCGGGGGGAUGGAUGCAGGGGCUGGAGGUGCAGACAAGCCACAGGGCACCUCCGCAUGCCAAACACUGGACAGCCCAAGAGCCAUUCCCCACCCCCAUCCCCUUAACUCUGGCCCCCAAAUCCCCACUAGCCCAGAGUUCUGCUGAGCCCACCUGCUCAGUUCUGAAGGUCUGGCUAGGAGGAUGCCAUGGAGCGCUUGCCGCUAGGAGUAGAACGUGCUGUUUUCGGGCCUGCCUGACUACCUUCAAAGAGAAAUCCUGCGGGAUGGCCCCCCAGAGAACUCUUUGUCACUGGUUUUUGUGCUGGGGGGGGGGGGGGGGGGUGUUUAGAUUUUUAGUAGAUUUUGCAUUUGUACAGUCCCUGUUUUAUUCCUCUCCUCACCACCACCCCCCCACCAAUUUUUUGGUUGGGUUUUUUGAUUUUUUGGGGGGGGGGGGCGGGAAGCAUAUUACAUUCGGCUUUUUUUCCUUUUUGCAUAUCGAUUGAAAAAACCCAGUUUCUCUGGGGUUUGAAAGGCAAAAGGAAUGAACACCGCUGCAGAUGCAGUUACACAGCAUGCAUAGCUUAACUCAGGUAAAAAAAAAAAAAAAAAAAAAAACCACAAAAAAAAGAAUAAAAACCACAUUCUACCUCUGAUAACGGCGGGCCUCAGGCUGCCUGUCCUGGGAAUCCCGCGGUGAAAUAUUUCAGUUUUGCAGACAUUCAGGUAUUAAAACUUUGUGAUUAUUAAAUAAAAUAAAAUAAAAACACUGAAAGUUUACAUUUUAUAAUAACAUUAUUAUACAGAUUGUAUUUAAACUUCAGAAUAUUUAAGACAAUUGUAACCCUGUAAAGUUGAUGAAAUAUUAAAAACAAAAACAAAAAUCUGA